GGUUGUUGCGCUGCGCCGCUGCGAGGAGGAGGCAUGUUCCAGAAUUACCCUGAUUGGCUGUCCAAACUCUGAGACGAGGCAAAAGCAAAAUCACAAAAGCAGACAGCAAGGGGAACUCAAAUUUCUCCCUCUCUACCUCUCGUGCUGGCUAGCUUGCAGCCUUCAGCACACAAACAAGCACGAUCCUUCUUCCAUCCUAAAGCGAGAUCUUUUCUUGAUGGCUUGCCCUCUAAAUUCCAUCCGCUAUAAUGGCUCCCUUUGCGCCUGCCCACCUGGCUACCUCCUUAUUCGCCCCUCCAACAACUGCACCCUCUUCACCGCUAACUCCUCCAUUGCUACUGAAUCCGGAGUCGACUACUAUGCUCUCAGCUUUCCGGAGACCAUCUUUGCCUUUGAUUCCAUCAAGAAGUUUACGCAGUCCCAGGCUGUGUUCUUGGAGGCCACCCUCGUCAUGCUUCUGUCUUGGCUUCUCCUCUGUUUUUUCUUGAGGUUUACGAGCCUUGGAGAUGGCUCUACUGUAUGGUUUAACAUCAGAUGGUGGAUUAGUCGUUUGGAUGUUUGUUUUGCCACAAGGCAUUGGCUGGAUGAUCAGAAGGUAGUUAAAAAGCGCAAAACAGAACUUGGCGGAACCUUCUCCAUAGCAAGUUGGAUACUGUUUAUUGGUUUAUUUGCUGCGUUGCUGUACCAGAUCAUAUCAAAAAGAACAAUUGAGGUGCAUAAUGUGAGAGCUACAAGCAGACCGGAAUUAAAUUCAUUUAUGAAUGACAUGGAGUUCAACAUCACCACUAUUUCUAGCAUGAGCUGUUCAAAUCUACGUGAUCUGGGUAGCUUAGUUACCGGAAAUCCUGGAUUUAUUGAUCAAAGAGUUGCUUCUCUAUCGACUUUGGCAAACUACUCCUGCCACAACUCAAGCAAGGGCCCAACCAUAACACUUAAAUGUAAAAACUGCAAGCUGGCUCAUGAUAACAUGUACAUUUCUUGGCAUUUUGCUGAUCUUCCCAAUAAUCCUGCCACCGCUGUUGGGUUUGAGUUCAAUCUCUCUGCAAUGGAUGAUUUAAACAAGUACGUGAGUUUUGUUAGUGGAACCCUAAAAAAUGGAAGUGCUUUUGACGAUAGACCAGUUACAUUCAGAGGGAGGGAAUCAAAUAUUUUAAAAUUUAAUUUGUUCCCUCGAAUAUACCAUAGUUUACAUGAUUUGAAGCUAAUCCAACCUCUGUUUCAUGAGUUCCUGCCUGGCUCGAUUUAUCGUGAUACAAAUCAACUGCAGGCAUCCCUCGAAAGUUCUGUUGAUGGACUAUUAAAUACUACAUUGUACAUCAAUUUUCUAUCUUCUUAUAUUGUGGAAAUCAACAAGGAGAAUAUCAUGGGUCCGGUGAGCUUUCUUGCAGAUCUUGGUGGCCUGUAUUGCAUUAGCAUAGGCAUUUUUUUCUACCUGUUGAUACAAUGUGAGUACAGGAUAAAGAAACUCCGAAAUGAGGAUAGUGUUUUGCGGAGAAUUAGAAAUCAGCACAAAGCUCGAGAGCAUUGGAACAAAUUGAGAAAAUAUGUAAUGUACACAUACGGCUAUAACACUGGAGAUGACAUAUACAAGAACUCUAAAAUGGAAUCAAGUUGCAGUGGGCUUAUGUUGCAAUCAAUUCGUGGAAGUGGGUCAUCAUGUAAGCGAAGGCAACAAAGCAGAACAGAUUCAAUUAGUUUUUACAGGAAACCCAGUGGAACUGCAACCAAGUCAUUGAGCUGCAAACCACUUGAAUCCACAAAUGACCAGAAACAGCAUUCAGAAAAUGUAUCAAAGCAGCAGAGUGUUGGUUCAAGUAAAGAAAUGGCGCGGUCUCAACCUCAAGAAUCUUCUUUCAUUGAUAACUUCAUUCCACCACCACCUUCACUAGAAUUUAAGAGUGAUUCUGAAAUGGACAUGUCUGAUGUCAAGAGGAAUCUAAAACGUUUACAUGAGUAUAAUGUAAUGCUAAGGGAAAACUUGGUGGCUAGGCAGUCUCUGCUUCAUUCUCCAUCAUCUAGGCAUUCAUCUCAAGUAAACAGUAAUCAAGGUGAAGUUUAACCAGGUUUUUCUCUGGGGAGUGACGAAGAUGAACUGAGAGCAGGCAUUGGUAAAGAGAAUCAUCAUCGAUGCAUGGAUUUAAUUCUGAUAUGGGAGUUGGUCCUUGAUCGAAACAGUAGUUGGAAGUAAUGAUCAGAAAAUAUUCUGUAUGAACCUCUGAAACAUGUAGCAAUGUAGCAUUCCAGGCUAGAUUCUGCUGCAUUCAAAGCUGCUGGAUGGAUAAAGCAUGGUGAUCAAAGUUUUCAUGAUUUUGUCUGGUAUUCUUUCAUGUUCUUCUCAGAUUGAUCUUUUCUAUGGUCGUGGAUGUACUGUUUGUCAUGAAACCAUAUAGCUGAUGUUGGCAUGGUGUCUGGUAUUCUCAAAUAUUGGUGGAGCUAUUUGCAUGUCUAUCUUGCAAAUUAAUUAGUUAGCCAGCCAUCAAAAGAUCCAUUGGUGCAUGCUAGACCAUAUCAAUUAGGUUGGAAGAAGCAGGUUUGGUGCUGUUGGCGAUAUAAUUGUAUUGAUCCUGGAGCGUAAAAAAGUUUAGGCACAGAUCUCUAUUUAGGUCUCCAUGUGCAUUUUCCUUUCGGGUAGAUAAAUGUGUAUCUUGUUUGUAUUUGCAUGUUUCAAAAGUAAUUAUCAAACACGCCUCAUCUAAAACUAGGCGGCCAUCAUGCAGUAUUUGAAAAUUUAGUCAUAUUGUUCAUAACUUGUAAAUAGUAUUGCUUAUUAUAAAUUUAUAAUGUCUUGUUGUGAUAUUGUCACAUUCCAAUCUGAUUC